CUGACAACUUGAAUUAAUUAUACAUAUGUACAUAUGUAUAUGCGCAACAUUACCACCAGAAUUUCGAAAGUGCUACGGGCUUUAAUAAAAUGGCCGAAGCUGUGUAAAAUGUAUUUGUUUAUGGCUCAACUAUAUGAGUAGAUUUAUGAAAUAUACAAUAGUAAAUCGGUGCAAACUAUUAAAAUGCAUCCUUGAAAAUUUCAUGUUUUUUUACAAAAAUAACAGACGUGAGAACAUCAAUUCACAGCAGUGCUCAUCGCUAAGAGUAAAUAAUCAAAAAUUAUCGUGGAGGUAUAAGGAGGAAAGAACAUUUCUGUUGGCAUAAGCGUGAUAAAGAAUGUUAAAGCGCAUUAAUACAAGUUGAGACAAUUAAGAAGUGUCGAAUUGUUGGAGAAAGGUGCAUACUCAUACUUACAAAUGCGUUCAGGAAUGGUGGGUUGUCACUCAGCUGGUUGGUGUAGUUUCUUUUUUUGCAAUUACUUUGACAAGGUUAACAUGGGUUUUCAAUAGCACUUGUUGCUCGCUCACUUGUUACUUCCGGAUUGCCCAUUUUUUAAUAACAAGAAUGUCACGAUUCCUACAAAAUUUAUGACUGAACCCCAAUAAGUAGUUUAUGGUAAGGUGGUCUGGACAGAAGUGCCAAACUCGCUCAUAAUACAAUCUAUGCAUAUCAACUCGGAACUUUAAUGGAAUAUCAAAUGGAAUACCAAUGUCAAAAAAAAUUUAAAGAACAUGAAAGUCUAAGCCGUUUAACAUGUUCACCCCAACAUGGAAUAAAUAAGGACACGACUUCAAUAAGCAAAACUAAACAAAACUCACCUCCAUUUGCAAUAAUACAGAAAACAGAUGAUAUGUGUUCACGUUCACCUGAGUCAACAGUUAAAGGCUCUAAAGCUCCAAGAUGUUUACCCGAUAUUAAUUCCUAUGAUUCAAUGAGGCAACCACCAUCAAGUCCAUCCGCACGGAGACCCCACGGAGCUCAAAGCUCAUACUCCGAUCCGUUUAUAAUGGCUAGUAGAGGUGUACAUUUGUCCCACAUGAAUGAAAACCCACGUAGUCCGAAAAUAACAACCACUUAUGCUAAUGAUAGUUAUGAUGAUGCCUCUUCAACACCAUCCUUUUAUCAUACACCGACUUCUGGUUCACAUAGCCCGAGAGGAAUUUCAUCCCACGAAAACUCAAUGGAUUCACCAUCUUCUGGAACAUUUCUUAGCGGUCCAGGAACAUCCUCACCUCGACGAAGUCCUAACUCACCCAGAAAAUUUGUAUUUGAGGCCAUUAGCCCAGUCAUGGAUUACUCUUAUAAAAAGUUUGAAUACUACGAACCUAUUACUCCUGAAGAUGAAAUUUCUAACGAAAUCUAUGAAAUAAAUACCACUGAACAUUUCGGCACAUCAUCACGAAUACCAACCUCACCAAAAAUAUGUGAAGCAAAAGGAAAGAACACAAAACCACUUUUGCGUUCCUCACCUUUAGAAAAUAUUUCUAAUUUAUAUGAAAGUCAGCAAAACAGUAAGGAGAUGAAGCCGCCAGAGUGGGAAAUAUCUCAAAUUGAUCAGCAUUGUUUGAUUAGUAAUAAUUAUUAUAUGAAAAGAGAUUCGUGUGUUACGGAGAGCACACAGCUGUCAUGUGACUCAAAUGACACAACUAAUUGUACGAUUGCUACUGUUACUACAUCUUUCUCUGAGCAAUCAAAAACUGAUUCUGUUUUGGAAGGAUUUGUAUCAAAAGAGGCGACCCCAUUUGAGUUACAGGGAAGAAGUAAACAUCGAAGACACGCUAUUAAUAUAACUUCCAAUCCCUGUUAUCAGGUAUUACACAGUUCACACUCUACUUUAGAUCGUACCUGUUCAGACAGUGCGGCAUCACUGCAGCACCGUAAAUCAACCAGUGAUUUGACUGGAGACUCCGAAUGUGUUCUAAAUAAGAAUAAAAUUUUAGAAGAAUCAAUUUCCACAAGCUAUAAGCUCAGGCGGAGGGGUAGUUCUAAAGGCGGUCUGGCAUAUUUAGCUAGUCGCCGCAGUUCACGGGAGUCUAUGAAAAGUGUGUGCUCCAACACAUCUGUCUUUUCCAACGAUGAUAUUGGGCCAUUAGCUUUUCAAGCAUCAAACCGCGGACGACAACGUCGAACAUCAAAUUUCCUUGAACUACCAGUUCCAGAUCACAUAAGACCACGUGUAUGUUCUCUACCUGAACGUCCAUAUAAUCCUCGGGCUAGUGAUGAUCUUUACCGCCUAAGGCACUUCUCAAUAAGCAAGGGCAAUGUAGUGAACUGUGGUGACUCCAUUAUUUCAAGGCGGUCGCGCAGUAACACCAGCGUCAACUCUACUAAUAGCAGAGCAAGCGAACGUUCACCAUUCGAGGGAUCAUGCUGUGGAGGUGGGUAUGCUAAUGUGGACUCGGUUCCUUCAUCACCACAUUCGGACGAUCUCGAACCUCCACCACCAGCACGUUAUCGUAUAGUUAUGUUAGGUGAUUCAGGUGUUGGAAAAACAGCUUUGGUAAAUCAAUUCAUGACGUCGGAAUAUAUGCACACCUAUGAUGCUAGUUUAGUUGUAGAUGACGAAUUUGGUGAAAAGACAGUGAGCGUUUUGUUGGACGACGUAGAAUCAGAGUUGGUAUUCAUUGAUCAUCCAAGAGUGGAAAUGAGCGUGGAAAACUCGUUAUCAACUUAUGAGCCGCACGGAUGUGUUGUUGUAUUUUCUGUAGUUGAAAAAUCAUCGUUCCGAGUUGCAGAAGAAAUUAUAAAAUACUUGUGGCAGGAAAACUAUAUUAAAGAUAAAUCUGUUAUUAUAGUAGGGAACAAAGCGGAUUUAGCACGUGCUCGAGUUAUCUCAACACAAGAAGGAAAAGCGUUAGCUGCUUCACACGAUGCAAAAUUUAUAGAGACAUCCAGUGGAAUUCAACACAAUGUUGAUGAACUAUUGGUAGGAAUCCUAAAACAGAUGCGUUUGAAGGAAACACGAGAAAAGAGAGCUACGUCAUCGAAGCUGAAAGCUUCUCGCACUCACAUAUCGUUGAAUUUGGCUAAGGAAAUACUGCAAAAGAUAUGUCUUACCGAUAUAUCGAAAUCAAAAAGCUGUGAGAAUCUACAUGUUCUAUAAGUAUCAGCAAAUAAUACCAACUGCAUGGAGCGGAGUAUUCAUAGUAAACGGAUUACUCAAUUUAAUUAAAAUUUAGCAAAAUCUGCCCUUUGGAAAGUAAAUUGUGUGAACGUUCUAUGGAACAGUAUAAAAAAUAUGUUUUAGGAUGUAUGUAUUGGGUGAAAUUUAUUUUCAAAAAACAGUUACUAUUAUGUAGAAUAUAUUUGUACUUAGAUAAGUUUUAGCCAAGUGUUGAAUGAACUGUAAUGCAAAUCUGUUAGCUGUGCUGUCAAUUCUAAAUUGGAAAUAUAUAAACUUUACAACUACUGCAAA